GCCUCGGAGUCGACCGUGUUCGUGUGGGUUUGAGAAGUGGCGAUUUUAGACCGUCCUGUGCCGCGGGUCAUCAGAACCAGCGCGGAGGGAGGGGUGGGAAAGACUGCGGACGGAACAACCUUCACACCUCCCUCUUCCUCCUCCUCUUCCUCCUCCUCAUCCUCGCUGCAGGAGAGGCGUGACGCCCCGGACUGCAUCUUCACCAUGGCAGUAACGAAGAUGCGCGGCUUAGGGUGACGUCCUGCCGAAUGGACCCUGAUCGGAACCGAAGGAAAAGAAAACGAAUCUAUGUCACGGCAUGAAUGUGGGCCGCCAUGUCUGAAGAGUCGACGUGAGAUAGGCCGACCAGGAUCCCAACAUGGACCCUGUCAUCCCAGUACCACCUAAGACCCAGGCUGGGACCAGGCUGGAACCCAGAACCUCUAAGUGUCUCCUUUUCCAGCUGCUCACCGUGAUGCUGGUUUCCAUGGCGACCUCCACUUCUCCUCUUGAAGAUGGGUCGGACUGGAACAGAACAGCAGUGUCUUUGCCACGUCCUUCAUCCCCCCCUUCAUCUUCUUCACUACCCCUCCAACUCGGACGCCCAGCAGCUAAUCCAGAGUCUGGUUACCAUCGUAACAGUGGCAGUCAAUCAGAGGAUUCAGGUGCUCAGGGAAUCCACCUCCUCCUCAGACCCCCAGACCUCCUCUCCCCCAGCUUGACUCCCCCCUUCUCCCCUCACAACCAGCCUACCCUGAGCCCCCCUCCCCAAUGGGAUCCGGGCAACUCGCUAGAGGAGGCCUGGGGUUCUGGAGACUAUGUGGAGACGUUGUCCUUUGUGGUUCCUGAUGGGGAGGAGCUAGCACUAGCCACGCCUCUGCCAAGCCACCCCUACGAUGAUGACGAUGUUGAGGACUGGGUGUCCUAUGAGACCGUGUUACCCCCGCGUCCCACUCCACCACUUCACUCUCGUGUUCUCCUCUCCCCCUCUUCCACCACUCCCAGCAUACCUCCGCACACACAGGCCACGCGCCUGAACGUCUUCUCCAACUGGGAUGACGACUAUGACCCAGAGGACUUGGUGCCGCUUCAGCCGACAGAACUGCUGCUGCCUGACAUGAACAGUUUGGAAUAUUAUACCAACCUGUUGGCAAAGGAACGGGUGAGGGAAGGUUCUAAAGAGGGUUCACAGGAAGGCCAGGUAUUGUCUGAACCCUUUGUCACUCCAAUAGUAAUCCACAACCAAACCCAAGCUCCUCCAUCUCUAAGUUCUGGUCUUCCUCCUUCGAGGGAGCCUGAACAUCCCCUAGCCAACCCUACUCCUGGGCCCCCCCUCUCACCAUCCCUCACGCGAGAGGAAGAGUCUCGAUCAGUGACGCCCUCUGCUCCUCCUCUUGCUCCAGAUCGAAAAGACCACUUCCCACCAAUUGUGAAACACCCUCCCAUUUCUAACUCUACCAGUCGACUGCGCCCGCCUCCCCAAUUUGGACCCCCCACUCAUCUUGAUAGACCUGUAGAGGUUACUGACAAGCCAGAGAAGACCACCACUCAUACCUCUACCACGCAGAGGACAGCCAUCAGCUUGACGAGAGCGCCGCCGGUGACCACGCCCAAGGUAGCCCAGACACCCGCCAGCAAACAGUACCUGUGCAACGUCACCAGGCCGGAGUUGUAUUUGGUCAGAGUAGGUGGUACCAGAGGCUCAGUGGCAGGUUUCACUCUGGUCCGGGAUCUUUUAAGGAGAGAAUUUAACCGAUCAGUGGAGCUUCAGUUCUUGAGAACUCCUUCCAGUUUUGCCUUCCGUGUUGUGUCCGGUCCUUUGAUAUACACCGCCAUUUCAGUCAUCAAUGCCCUCCGCCGACCACCACGCUUCUCAGGCCCGGUUCCCGCCGUGUCAGCCCUCUACACCGUGCCUGACAUCAGGUACCAGGUCCACACAGUGUUGCAGUUUGUUCCAUCUCACAUCGACGUCAGAGUCUGCAACUUCAGCGAGCGUGUCGAGAUGGGCCUUGUGAUGGCAUACAGGGAAACUCGGCGACGCUCUUUGGAGCCUGGCGGCGUCAGCGUCCAGCUGCUGAACAUUACGCUCAGCUCAGCAAGGCCAGUGGUAGAACAGAAAGUUCCUGUCGACAUUACUUUUGCGGUUCGCGAUGGGCGGGGCUACCUCUUGGGGUCAGAGGUCAGCCAACACCUGUGGAAGCUGAGCCUGGUCGAGUUCAGUUUCUACGUCGGGUUUCCCGCUCUGCAGAUCGCUGAACCGUUUCAUUACCCUGAACUCAACACCACCCAUCACCUGCGAUCCACGUGGGUCCGCACAGUCCUCCUGGGCGUCGAAAACCAGCUCUCGUCUGAGCGAAGUUUCAAAGCUCGUGUGGAGCGGCGCUUGGCCUUACUGCUUGAGGAAGGACUGGGAGCGUCCAGCAGAAGGCGCUGGAGGAGGGCCACUGCUGUUGGCAACAACAGCCUGCAGGUGGUCCGGCUGGCCAGGUUGUCUGGGCCGGAGCGCCCUCUUGAGGUUUUGUAUUUUGUGGAGGGCCCGGGAGGCACACGGGUCCCAGCAGAGGUGACAGCUGAAACCCUGAAUAGUUUAGACCUCCAGAGAGCGGCCAUCGUCCUUGGACAUCAAGUUCAGAGACCACUGGCCCAACCUGUAGAGACCAAGUCCCUGCCGCCAUCUGAGACCCAAAGCAGUAGUAUUUGGCUGAUCGUUGGCGUCAUUGUCCCGGUCUUUCUGGCCGUCUUUAUCAUCAUCAUCCUCUACUGGAAACUGUGUGGCUCAGAGAAACUGGAGUUUCAGCCAGACGCCAUCAACACCAUCCAGCAGAGGCAGAAGCUUCAGGGCUCCAGUGUGAAAGGCUUCGACUUCGCCAAACUUCACCUGGGCCAGCACAGUAAAGACGACAUCAUGGUGAUCCAGGAGUCGGGACCGCUGCCCGUACCCGCGAAAGAGGCCACACCCUCUGAUGGCGGUGACCUCAACACUCCAAAAUCAAAAGGGUCGUCCACCAAAACUGCCAGAACCAGCCGUCGCCACCGGGGAAGGACCAGCCCAUCAGACGCAGACUCGUUAGGCAGUGACCAAUCAAGCGGCAGAGAGUCCACAGAGGAGAGUACUCGCCCUGUAGCCACGCCUAUCGAGGCCAAGCAGCAGAGGAAGCCGCCCAAAAAUGGCGGUCCGGACGAACUUUUGUCUUCGUCCUCCAUCUUUGAACACGUGGAUCGUCUUUCCCGCGGCUCGUCUGACGGCGCGCGGCGGCCAGCUAGCAAGGUGCAGCUCAUCGCCAUGCAGCCGCGUCCGAGCCCGCCGUCGACACAGCCCAGCCCCUCCCUCACUGAAAAGGUCAACACCGAGGUGGCGCUGCGACACAAGUCGGAGAUGGAGCACCAUAGGAACAAGCUGCGGCAGCGUGCCAAGAGGCGGGGCCAGUGUGAUUUCCCAUCCAUGGAUGACAUCAUGGACGCUUUUGGAGACGGUCCGGUGCAGACCGAGGUCGCUCAGCGUCUCUAUAGCUCCGCCCAUGACCAUAUGGACUGCAUACUACAGGGGGACACUCCGUCCCCUCCGAGAGGGAGGCGUUCUCCUCGGGGUCGGCGGGCUCAGCAGGGACCAGGAAGUCUUCCUGAUACUGACCAGGAUCGGCUGCUUUUAGACCAGGGCGCCACCUACAGGAAGUACCCUGGACUCAACAACGUAGCCUACAUGUCUGACCCGGACCUUCCCCCGGAUAACGGGAGCCCGUCUCCCACUGAUGAGUUGUUUGACGCCUCCCCAGUCCCGCCCCCUUACAUGCCACCGCAGCCAUCAAUCGAGGAAGCCCGGCAGCAAAUGCACUCGCUCCUGGACGACGCCUUCGCUCUGGUGUCGCCGUCCUCGCAAGGCAGUGCCGGGCUAAGCGGCGUAAGCCCCGCCCUCCCUGGCCCGUCCCCACAGGGCGGCCCACUGGGCAGGCAGUGGGGCUCCUACCCAGCCGGCCCCACCCACAGCCCUCUCUCUGCUAGAUACGCUGAGCUCGGGGUUUCUCCGACCUCAGGUCAGGGAGGCCAUGGUCAUCUGCAGAGGCAGGACUCAGGUGGCUUUGUCACCGCUGGAGACCAGCUGCAGGAGCCCCUUUACUCCAGCAGGGGGCAGUACAAAGAGCUGCCCUCAUCCUCCAGACCGCGCCCUGUAGGGGGCAGCGCAGGCGUGCAGCUCCACCAACUGACCCAGGUGGGGUUGUCGAGCCAGAUUGGCGCGUACCCUGGGGUGGGUCGCAGCGCCUCAGGUCCGACCGGCUCCUGUUGGCACCAACAGCACUCAGACCAGGACCUGUCCAGAGCUGGAGGCAGCCGGGAGAACGUGCUGUCCUUUCCCGACUUUUCGUCUUCGUCUGUUUUCCAGAUGCCGAGCUCCUCGCUUCGAGAUGUGUCAGCGCCGCCACUUCUUCUGACAUCCCCGACUCCGGAGUAUCUGCCAGAGGACGCCUCGCCCUCCGCUCACAGCUCCGCUUCCCUGAUAAAGGCCAUCAGAGAGGAGCUUCGCCGUCUGGCACACAAACAGGCCGUGACCAGCUACCCUUAGAGUGGUCAGCAUCGGGAUCCGGUCUGGACUUGUUAAGGACCGACCAACCAAACGCAUUCUCCCUCUCUUCGGAAAGUUACAGGGUUCCGUCUGUCUGCCGUUCGUCUUUGGCCUCAGUGUCCAUCUGGACUUCUCAUUCACCUUUCAUCAUUGCAAUGGAUUUGAUCUUCUUGGAGGUCUUCCGAAGUCCUCCCAAUAGGUUGUCGAUGAUCGGAAGGUUGGAGAUGAAGAUUGGACGUUCCAAACAUUGACAAGUGGACAUCCUGACCUUCUGUGGUGCUAAGCGUCAUCCUCUUGUCAAGGAUCACACAUUGCCUUCCACACAUCCAUCAGCCAGACCAGGUGUCAGUCUUAAAACCCACUCAGCGAGGCCUUGGUAUACCGUCGACAGCCGGAGGUACUUUGUAGUUAUAAAGCGUAAAUAAAAGUACAGAUAUCCAUCAUUUUGAGCACAAUAUAAAUGUUUCUAUGGCGUAUAUAAAGUAAAUCUAUAAAUGAACGUAUCGGUCAAAGUGUUUAUUUUCAUCAAAAAAAGACCAGACUACUGUUGUACGAUUGUACUGGUGUUGUAAGUACAAAAUGUUAGCAUAGCUGCUCUGCUGUAACUUAGCGCUAAUUGUUAGCUUUCAUAUCAUCGUUGUGAAGGCACAAAGUCAGAGGGGCGUUGCCUCAAUAGAGCCAAACCAGAAUGCACCCUCGAACGUGGGGACGGACAAAAGUGACGCAAAUCAGUCUGCUCACGUUUGCAAAGCGUGGUGGGCAAACGCCACCGGUUCUCUCUGCUGAUUGGCAGCUGUCUAUCUGAUGUUGUGAUGACGUCAUGGCCCUGCAGCCAAUAGGUGUUUGUCUCUGCUAAUGUUCCAGCAUGUCCACUUCUGUUAAAAGCCUGCGCUCAGUGUUAGCAUGCUGCUUAUUUUAGCAUGUUGCUAAGAGAGAAAAUCAUGUCAAACUUUUAUUUCGAACAGGGAAAGAAGAAAAAGAAGCCAAUGAUGAUGACGUGCAAUGAAAACGGACAUAUCUGUUGACAAAAAUGAUGAUGAUGUUCACCUGUCCGGGUAAAAUGUGGGGUGUGGUCACAUGACCACAUGGUCCCAUGGUGCUAAUAUUAUUCAACUGUUGAGUGUUGAUAACAUUUAUUUAUUUUGAUCAUUUUAAACAUCACCAGCAUUAAAGAGAUGAGUUUCAUGUACUUUUUUCCCCCCUUUCCUUUCCAAUGAUUGAUCCCACACUUCACAGUCAAGUAAACAUAUUUUCUAAAUCAAAUAAGGC